AUGGCAACUUCAUUACCACGAACUCUAGGGGAACUCCAACUGUACAGGAUACUACAACGAGCCAACCUCUUGUCUUACUUUGAUGCCUUUAUACAGCAGGGCGGAGAUGAUGUCCAGCAACUCUGUGAAGCCGGGGAAGAUGAGUUUCUUGAGAUAAUGGCACUUGUUGGAAUGGCUAGCAAACCACUACAUGUUAGAAGACUACAAAAGGCCUUAAGAGAUUGGGUUACCAACCCUAGUCUUUUUAACCAGCCUUUAACAUCGUUACCCGUCAGCAGCAUUCCAAUCUACAAGCUUCCAGAAACAUCACCUUCUUUGUUGGGGCUUAACUCCAGCAGUUACGAAAGGAACAAUAAUACUAGAGAACCACACCUGAAAAUUCCAAAGUGUGCAGCUACAACAUGCGUUCAAAGUGUGGGUACUGGGAAAUCCGAAGGCAUGUGUAGUUCCCCACUGCAGGUUAGCAGUGAAGCCAGGCACUGGCAAAGUCAUCAAACUACAGAAAGUGAACACAGCCUAUCUCCAGCUGACCUUGGCUCUCCGGCAUCACCUAGAGACACCACUGAGACUUUGGAUGCUGCUGCUGCUCUGUCUGUAACUGAGUGUGUUGAGAGAAUGCUACCUUCAUUACCAAAAAAUGACUUGAAUGAGGUGAAGGAACUGCUAAAAAAUAACAAAAAGUUAGGAAAGAUGAUUGGGCAUAUCUUUGAAAUGACAGAUGAGGACCCUCGAAAAGAAGAAGAGAUACGAAAGUACAGUGCAAUUUAUGGCAGGUUUGACUCUAAAAGGAAAGAUGGGAAGCACUUAACUCUACAUGAGGUAACCAAUAGUAUGUUUUAUAUUUCAAUUAUUUAUCAAAACUUGUAUGUACUUAACAGGAAAUAG